CAAUUGUCGAGAGCAUACAAGGACAAGCGAUUCUUGAAUAGAAGGAGGAUAUCUAGGUUAUAUCCCUCCUCCAGUGCUCAUACAUGAUGACGGACUCUCGGGCAAAUGAUACCUCAUCAAAGAAUGAAACCUCUAACAACAGUGGCUUUAUUCCUGGUGACGAUACCUGGACGCAAUGGCGCAAUAUCUUCGCUAUCCUGACCGAUAGAAUGACCGAUGAGGGCAAAGAACAAUUCCGCAUUGCGCGCGACACGCGGAAUGAAGCUGGGGACUGCAAGCGCUGUGAGGAUCAGCGAGACUAUUUAUUGCAAUUCAGUCCGGUGAUCCGAUUCAUGAGCGACAGCAUCCGCCAGCUAGGUGGUAAUCUUUCCAGUCAUAAUAUCUACUGUCGCCGAUGUACCAGUCGAAAGGCAGGGGGAUUUGAUCCUGACUACGGUAUUCUGCUUUGCGCAAAUGAAAUGAAGGACCAGAGCCACUUAGAAGAUACAUUAGCACAUGAGAUGGUCCAUGCCUAUGAUCACCUCAGGUUCAAAGUCGACUGGUCAGACAAUCUUAGGCACGCUGCUUGUACAGAGAUUCGAGCCAGCUCGCUGAGCGGGGAAUGCAGAUGGGCACGAGAGUUUUUCCGAAGGGGUCAGUGGAAACUGACACAGCAGCACCAAGAAUGUGUACGACGAAGAGCGAUCUUGUCGGUGCGGGCACGGCCGGGAUGCAAAGAUGAAGCCCACGCCGAGAAGGUGGUAAAUGAAGUUUGGGACAGUUGCUUUAGAGAUACUCGCCCCUUUGAUGAGAUUUAUCGCUAGUUACGGACGUCCGCUCCCACCAAAACUCUUCCUCGAAGUGUUUGUCGUAUGUUUAACUUGAAGUCCAAGUGCCAGUAAGAUCGAUCAAAGCUCCAUCGCUAAUCCAGGAAGACCAGCAUCCAUAUUAACAGUAAACGCCAGUGUAAUCAAUCCCAUGGUCGUGGACCAUGGCAAUGUGAAGGGAAACAGUACAGAAAGGUAAGAACUUCUGAACUCCGAAACGCCCUGAAAUGCCCGGACAGUACAGUCAUGCUUUGACAUCCUUUGAUGUACCAGAACUCCGCUUCGUUUCCUUAACACAAUGCUUGAG